UCGAGAUCGAGAUCGGUAUAGAACGGCGCCAACGGAAGAAUUCACUCUCUUCCUGUUGGGUAUCUGCACUUCAAAGCUCCGUUAUUGUUUCGGUAUUUUGAUCCGUCGAAAGAGCUGUCGGUUUUCUGGUGCUCCAGAAUCGCCUUUUAAACACGAGAAAUGGGAGAACAAGAGCCCCAGCUAUAGCCUGUUAAUCGAAACCAGCUAAGAACCCCAAUCCCAUUGCCACCGGCAUCCUAACCAGAUAGAACGAACCCAGGUUGAUAUUUGCUCCAAACAUUUGGUUGAGCAGUUACUCUCAAUACCCCACACCGUCGUCGGCGGACAGUUCUCAAGCUCGUACAGUCCGAUUAUUGGCAAAACUAGGCAUCAGAGAGAGAGAGAGAGAAUCCAUCAGCGCCGGUUGUUUUUCCUCUGGCAGCUUUACAUUCGGUAAACAAGAGGUAACCGGCUGUCUCUGUAACAAGUAAUGGGUCUAUGGCUUGUUCAAGUAAUGGACGGUUAAGAUUGUCAGGCAAUGGCGAUUCUGGAUUGUGGAUAAGCUUUGAGAGUGACGAUUGACGACGAUGGCUAUAGCAGCUCCUGCUGCUGCUGCUGCUGCUGCUGCUGCAACCCUCAAACUAACUUCUUACGGUCAUAUCCGCCUCCGGCCAAGAAGCAAAAUCCCCGCCGGUUAUCGGCCUGUUCUAUGUGCUAACGAACGCCAGGCACUCUUUAGCUGCAUCGCUCCUGUCUAUGAUAAUUUGAACGAUUUGUUGAGCUUGGGACAGCACCGUGUGUGGAAAAGAAUGGCCGUCUCCUGGAGCGGAGCAAAAGAGGGAAACUGCGUGCUGGAUUUGUGUUGUGGAAGUGGGUAUUUAACGUUUCUCUUGUCUCAGAAGGUUGGCUCUCAAGGGAAGGUGAUUGGUUUUGACUUCUCGAAGGAACAGUUAUUCGUUGCAGCAUCUCGACAAGGCUUGCUUUGGAAGGCUUUCAAUAAGAACAUUGUGUGGAUAGAAGGCGAUGCACUUGACUUACCAUAUUCUGACUGUUACUUCAAUGCGAUAACUGUUGGCUAUGGGCUACGCAAUCUGGUAGAUAGAAAUAAAGCUAUGAAGGGAAUAUUUCGAGUUCUGAAACCAAGUGCCAGAGUUUCCAUUCUGGAUUUCAACAAGAGCUCACAACCAUAUACUUCCGCGGUUCUGGAAUGGAUGAUUGAUAACGUUGUCAUUCCAGUCGCAAGCGGUUAUGGCCUUGCUGAAGAGUACACAUACUUGAAAAGUUCAAUUAGGGAAUUCUUGACAGGGAGAGAGUUGGAGAUGCUUGCUUUGGAAGCAGGAUUUUCUAAUGCCAAACAUUAUGAGAUUGGUGGGGGCCUCAUGGGAAACUUAGUGGCGAUGCUUUAGUUGGUAGUCAACUUGAUUUUCUCUCUGCAACUCCACAGCCUUAUUGGGUGAAAGAAAUUGAAUAUUGCUUGGUUGCUAUGUGAUAAGCAGGAAAAAAAGAUGUGUAUUUAUCUUUAGUAUUUCUUGGUGUUUUCCCUAUUUUUAUUUGGGUGACUGUCCAGUUUGGUGGGGGUUGGCAAUUUUUAAAGCCUGAUAUCAAAUGCUUCCCCUCAAAAUUUCAAACUUGUUAAUGUAGUAUGUAUUUCAUAGAAACCUGAAAUAAGAUCUUAAUUUAUUUUCUGCUCAUCA